AUGGAUCUUCCAUGGGUGAUCAUGAUUGAAAUUCUUUCAAGAUUGCCAAUCAAGCCCAUUUUUCGAUGUAGAGCUGUUUGUAAACUCUGUGGAGGAACCGUUCAGGUGACCCCUAAGUUUCACUUCCAUCCAAGGAGUGCGAUUUUAGUUGGUUCUUGUAAUGGAUUUAUCUGUUUGGUGGGUGGUUUGACGCACAUUGAGAAUCAUUCGGUUUACAUUAACAAUCCUCUUUUUGGUGAGUAUUUCAAACUUGAAUUACCCAAAUGGGAGAUAAGUGUUACUCAAGUUGCAUAUGGGUUUUGCUUUAGCGAAGUCUCUAGAGAGUAUAAAGUAUUGAGAUUAGUUGAUAGAAAGGUUCAAGAUGAUAUUAGAGCUUCAGAAUUGGAGUAUGAUUUUGGAAAGGCUAAUGUCAAUGGUACUCUUCAUUGGAUGGAUAGCGAAAAAACUGACAGCAUUUACUGUUUCGAUGUUGAGACAGAAAAGAUCAAGUCCCUGCUUGCUCCACCUGGUUUGGAAACUCCAUCCUCGAACUUGAGGCUAGCAGAGUUGGGGAACUGUCUGUGUUUGACUGAUAAUAUCCACAUAUGGAAUGUUAAUAUUAAUAUAUGGUGGAUGAAAGAGUAUGGCAUUGCAGAAUCUUGGACUAAAAAUAGCAUUUUGGUGGAAUCUAUUCCGCGUGGUAUGGUUAACUAUAGUUUUGAACCUAUAUUUAUUUGGAAAGAUGGAGAAAUCUUGUUCCAAAGUUGCUCAAAACUAGCUUGGUACAACCCAGAAAUGAAGACGUUUAGGGUGGUUAAUGUUGACAGUGAUGUCAUUGCAUCAACUAAAUACACUCCAAGCUUAUAUUCGCUCAAGACGGUCAUGGGGGACGACUUUUAA